GAAGUGACGUUGCAUUGUAAAAAUAGUAACUAGACAAAACGGAAGCUGAUAUUGAUAGAUCAAGACUACUCUGAUCUAGAUAUAGAUUAAAUAAAAACACUACUUUCCCAGAAACAAAAGUGAGACAUCAAGUAGUCACUUGUAUUAAUUCUAGCAAGCAGGAUGAACUCAUCACUGUACGUACUACUUGGGCUAGCUGUUGUUACUGCUGUGUUUGCACUAAAUGGUAGUUCUACAUCAAGCCCACAAACAACCAGGACCUCAACAUUCUCAACUACAACAAGCUCUCACAUUUCAACUACCCUGACACCAGAGCAAGAAUGUAGCAAGCACAAUGGAUCUUGCAGUGAUUGUGUUUCCAAUGCUAAGUGUCUCUACUGCUACAGUAAUGAUGAAUGUAUGCUGUACCCAGUUGGAAAAGUUCUGCCCCCUAGCUCUCUCUGCUCCUUGUCCAAUGCUAGAUGGGGUGUCUGCUGGGUCAAUUUUGAGGCUCUGAUAAUUUCCAUGGGAGUAAUUGGAGGUGUGAUCAUUCUGACAAUUACCUGCACAUGUAUCUAUUGUUGCUGCUGUCGAGGAAACAACAAACAGAAAUUGGAGCGAGAGGAAGCCAAAUUUGAGUCACAAAAAAUGGAGAGGAAAGCUAAACAAGAUGAGCGUCGAGCAGAGCGAAAAGGUCGCCUUGAUGAAAUUCGUAGAAAAUAUGGCUUUCAAGACAAAAAGUAAAGCACAGGUUUGGUCAAAGAUGAAGCCCCAUACCAAAGAUUCGAUGCAUAAACCUGCCAUGUGUUUGUACUGAAAAAUUACCUAGAUAUAUUUUAUUCAUUUUGGGUACAUGUUAAAAAAUGUUGAUAAAGCUACAAUCAAGAAAAUAAUGGUCAAGAUUUUUUUGGGGUACUAAGUGCCUGAAUUUUUUAUUUUUACAAAUUUUCAGAAUAGCAGAAUAAGGAACAAUACUAAGACUCAAUACUAAGACAUACAAAAACCUCUAGUCUUUGCUUGAAGUAAAUGGUAUUGUUUUAGGGUAGUAAGUAAUUCCAGACUGUAAAUACAAUUUUAAUGCUAUGACAUGCUCAGAUAUUUUUCUUUUAGUUUUUGUUUACAACAUGACUCUACAGCUUUGAGUCAUUGAAAAAAUGUCUUUGUCUAAAAAUCUUUUUAAAACAAAUUGCCAAUUACUUUGGCAGCAUUACUCUUUCAAUUGUCUAGUAAUGCAACAUCAAACAAUAACAAAAGUCUUCCUAAAUCUGCUGGAUGGUUUGGUUUUGUAGAUAAAAUUCAAUCUCUAUUUUGUUAAAAAUUUAAAGAUAUAUAUUGCUAUUGAUUAUAUAUAUUGUCUGAUUAGCUAAAUUCUAAUAUAUCCUAAAAGUCUGAUUAGCUAAAGAUGAAACAAGGUCUUCUCUACUGUGCCUUACUCUAAAAGAUGGAUUUUUUGUUGUUGAAAUAUUAGAACACUAGUAAAGUUAGUUCAAAUUAUAAGCCUUUGAUUUUGGUAGUGUUUGGUUGAUACUUAUAUUAAUGUUUGGUUGAUACUUAUAUUAAUGUUUGGUUGAUACUUAUAUUAAUGUUUGUUUGCUUACAAAGAAAUGAGUUAUUAAUAAUCAUUUCUGUAUUUCUUCUAUUCAGAUUCUAUUAAUGCACUAAUUUGUAUUGUAUGAUGUUUAAAACAUUUGACUUAAUAUUGUACAGUGAACAACUUUUUACCAUUUAUAUUCUGUACAUACAUGAAUGUUUCCUUUACUUCGAGUUGAUCAUUAAGUUAAGCCUUAGAAUCUUGGGAGGUAAGGCGCUAGUAGAAUUAAUUUUAGACUUAGGAUAUGUAGCUCUAGUAGAAUUAAUUUUAGACUUAUGAUAUGUAGCUCUAUAAGAAUUAAUUUUAGACUUAGGAUAUGUAGCUCUAGUAGAAUUAAUUUUAGACUUAGGAUAUGUAGCUCUAGUAGAAUUAAUUUUAGACUUAGGAUAUGUAGCUCCAGUAGAAUUAAUUUUAGACUUAGGAUAUGUAGCUCUAUAAGAAUUAAUUUUAGACUUAGGAUAUGUAGCUCUAUAAGAAUUAAUUUUAGACUUAGGAUAUGUAGCUCUAUAAGAAUUAAUUUUAGACUUAGGAUAUGUAGCUCUAGUAGAAUUAAUUUUAGACUUAGGAUAUGUAGCUCUAGUAGAAUUAAUUUUAGACUUAGGAUCUUGAGAAAAGCAUCUCUAUUAGUUGAUAUUUUGGUUUAGGAUCUUAACAAACAUAAUUCUAGUAGGUUGUUAAACUUAAGGCCUUGUUGAUUGAAUUCUUAUUAGAAUUUGUUUAGAUUUAGGGCCUUUGGAUAUGUAACAAUGAAUAAAAUAGCAACCAAAAAGUAGAACUUUUCUUUAACUUUGAAUAUUUUAUAUGUUUCAAUAUUUUUGUUGUUAUUUUUACAUGAGUAUUAUUUUGUAUUUCUCUAUAAAUAUAUUUAUAUUGUUGACAUAAACAAUAUGUUCAAGACAGAGAUUUGGCACUUAAUAUUUUGUUGACUCAUGAAGUACAAUGAAACAAAAAAGUUCAGGAUCUUAAUUGAUCAUAUUUGUAUUUAUUUAUGGGUGUAUGGAACCCAGUCACAAAGUCUUAUUUAAUGCCACUUUCUAUGAAGCUGUGUAAUCACUACAUAUAUAAGAGAUAUUCAACAAAUGAAGUGAUUCCUGAGAAGUUCAUGAGAUAUAUGACUAGGACACAAAUACACAUGGACUAGGAGGGGAAGACAUUUUGUGCUCGUUUUGUGGAUAAAAUGAUUACGUUGGUAGGACUUGUGUAGUUUGAAUUUUGUUGUACAGAAUGUUCCAGAAUAAUACUUUAAUGUCACAUUUUAAUUUUUUUUAUCUUAUCUUAUAAAUUACAGAUGUUACUUCAAUGCUAUGCAGAAACUUGCAUUGACAUUGUAAAUCCAGUAAAGGUUUCCUUUUGAUAAUUAAAGAAUUCCAAAAUUAGAUUACCCAUAUUUUUUUUUUCUUUUACUUGUAUACAUAUUUUCAUUUUUUUAAAAAGAAAAAUUCAGCUAUGAUUUGAAGUGUUUAUUUACAGUAAUAACUGUUUUUGCUUCAAAAUAUAAAAAAAAAAAUGACUUUCAAUGAACCACUGACAUACAGGGAAAUAGAAACAUAAAAAACCACCAUAGAACUUGUGAAGUAAAUAACUUGUUUGAUCUCUUGACUAUUGACACAUUGACUAGUGUGUGGCCAAUAGAUUGCAUUCUAGUUAGAGGUGGACAUUUCUACAAACUUUGAUACAUUCUAGUUAGAGGUGGACAUUUCUACAAACUUUGAUAUAUUCUAGUUAGAGGUGGACAUUUCUACAAACUUUGAUAUAUUUAAAUUGUAUUCACAAAAAUAACAAAGUAUUGAACUGUUAAUGUCUAUAAUGAUUAUGUUUCUUUUGUUUUAAUGAGAACGGCUUACCCUAAGUUUGUCUUUGUUCCCAGUUUGAUAGGGACAUAAUACAAUGUAUCAUUUGCUUGUAAAUUAGCUUCUUAUGCUAUAUGUUGGUUAAUAUGUGCCAGGUUUUGUUGUUGUGGGCAAUCACCAUUAGAUCUAAGUCAUACAUGAAGUCUUUGAGCGAUUUUCAGCCAUUAUAUUUCAGAAAUAACCUGGCCUGACUUUGGUAAUUGCCAAAAAAAGAAAUAACCAUUGUGCUAAUUAGCCUCUAAUAAAAGGCUACUACCAGGCUGUGCAAUAAAUUGUACUGUUAAUGUGAUAGCCUUUAUUAGAGCGAAUUAAGUUCAGUGUCAACAUAAGAAACAUUCCAUGUCUCACAGUCCUUUACAACUCAGUUCUAACUCCAUAGAUCAUUGACACCUUCUUACCACUUUGAACCUUUGUUGUCAACUAUGAGUGUAACGUUUUAGAAUGGAGUUGAACUGCAAUCUAUUCUUUGGUUUUGUAGAGACACAAAUAAACUGGAGCAGUUCAACACAUUUGUUCUCUUCACAUCAUGAACUACUCAUCACUUGUGUGCUUUCAUCAUGUUUUUGUUUUUUUUUAAUUUUUAACUAAUUUUGACAACUGUAAUUUAUGUCUGUGAUUUCUUCCAAUAAAGGAUGUGUCUCGUG